UAAGAACUCUUAUUAAUUCAUUUCUCCCUACUGUUAGUACAACUGUAGCCAGCAGCAAGUCUAUUAAUGAUCUUCUAAAUUAGACACUGAAAUAGUUUUUGGAGGACCAACCCUCAGAGUUUCGUGGCUAAGAGCCAAGUUUCACAGCAAUACUUUGUCCUAGGCUGUGUUUAGUUAACAAUGACUUAGUGUUUGAAAUCAGGGCAUUGAAGUAUGUUUCUGAAAAAGAAAUUGCAGGACAAUUUGUUCUGUUUUAUUUCUCUGGAAUGUUUGAUGCUUAGGGACUAAAUUGGAAGAAAGGAUCAACCAAGAAGGAUAUCCUAUUAGUAGGAGGAGGGCUGUCUGAUUGUUGGUACUGGAUUUCAAUGUGAGUGAUUAGUUGCAUUUGGCUUAUGAAGAAGAGUGACUAAAAAUAACUCAUGAGGAGAGUUUGUAGUCAGGUCCAAUUUCGGGUUCUAGCUGAGCUAGCUGUAAGUUUGGCUGCUCCUAUAAAGCUGAAACAACUGAAAAUAUAUGUUAUAUAUUUUCUGAAGACACUAGCAACAUGAAUGAGGAUAAAGAGGCAAAGCAUGGAGGACAUAAGAAUGGAAAGAAAGAAGGACUCUCUGGAAGUUCAUUUUUCACAUGGUUUAUGGUAAUUGCAUUGCUGGGCGUCUGGACUUCUGUAGCUGUUGUUUGGUUUGACCUUGUUGAUUAUGAGGAAGUUCUAGCCAAAGCAAAGGACUUCCGUUAUAACUUGUCAGAGGUACUUCAAGGGAAGUUGGGAAUCUAUGAUGCUGAUGGUGAUGGUGAUUUUGAUGUUGAUGAUGCCAAAGCUUUAUUAGGACUUAAGGAAAAAUCUGCCACAGCAAAGUCAGUCUUUCCUGGACAACCAGAGGACCACAUACAAUCAGAAGAUCACACUGCCAGAAAAUCAGAGCAUCAGGAUGCUGAAAAUGAAGUGGAAGAGCAUGUUCCGUUCACCCUUGAAGAAGCACUGCCAACCCAACAUGAAAAUGAUAAGGAAGAAGAAGAGGUUGAAGCUGUAGGAGACCAGCAAGUAGAAGAUGAAGAUAUUCCUAUAAGAGAUGAAUUAAUUGAUAAACUCGAAGAACUGGAAACAGAAAUACUUUAUGAAGAAACUGAAGAUAGAUAUCAGAUAGAAGAUCUUGAGUCAGAUUCAAAUGAUUACAAUAAGGAUGUGGAAGAGAUUGUAUAUGAACAGGAAAAUCCAGAUUACCAAGAAUCUGUAGUUGAAGAUACAGCACUAGAGUAUGAUACAGAAGACACACCAAACCAAGACUAUGAUGAACAAGUCUACGAACCUCCAGAAAAUGAGAAAACAGAAGUUGCUUCAGACAUUGCCAUAGAAGAAUUAAACAUGGGCAUAGAGGAAGGAACAAUAUCCCCCAUAGAAGAACCGCAUGAAAUACCAACAGAAGCAGCUAUGAAAACAAAUGAUCCAGAACAAAAAGAAAAAGCUAAGAAAAAGAAACCCAAACUUUUAAAUAAGUUUGAUAAGACUAUUAAAUCUGAACUUGAUGCUGCAGAGAAACUACGCAAAAAGGGAAAAAUUGAGGAUGCUAUGAAUGCCUUUGAAGAACUGGUGCGCAAGUACCCACAGAGUCCACGAGCUCGAUAUGGGAAAGCUCAGUGUGAAGAUGAUUUGGCUGAGAAGAGGAGGAGCAACGAAGUACUAAAGAGAGCCAUCGAAACUUACCAGGAGGUAGCUGACCUGCCAAACGUCCCUGCUGACCUGGUAAAACUCAGCCUGAAGCGGCAAUCAGAGAGGCAGCAAUUUUUAGGUCACAUGAGAGGCUCCCUGGUUACACUUCAAAAAUUGGUUCAUUUGUUUCCUAAUGAAACUUCUUUCAAGAAUGACCUUGGAGUAGGUUAUCUCUUGAUUGGUGACAAUGACAAUGCUAAGAAGGUUUAUGAAGAGGUUCUGAAUGUGACUCCUAAUGAUGGCUUUGCCAAAGUGCAUUAUGGCUUUAUCCUGAAAGCACAGAACAAGAUUGCUGAGAGCAUCCCUUAUUUGAAGGAAGGACUGGAAUCUGGUGACCCUGGCACUGAUGAUGGACGUUUUUAUUUCCACUUGGGCGAUGCUUUGCAGAGAGUUGGGAACAAAGAGGCAUACAAAUGGUAUGAACUUGGACAUAAGAGAGGUCAUUUUGCAUCUGUUUGGCAGCGUUCACUUUACAAUGUGAAUGGGCUCAAAGCCCAGCCUUGGUGGACUGCAAAAGAAACUGGUUAUACUGAGUUAGUGAAGAUCUUAGAAAAAAAUUGGAAAUUAAUUCGUGAUGAAGGCCUUGCUGUGCUAGAUAAAACCCAAGGUCUCUUCCUUCCUGAAGAUGAGAAUCUGAGAGAAAAGGGUGAUUGGAGCCAAUUUACUCUAUGGCAGCAAGGAAGAAAAAAUGAAAAUUCUUGCAGAGGAGCUCCUAAAACCUGUGCUUUACUAGAAAAAUUUCCAGAAACGACGGGGUGCAGAAGAGGACAGAUCAAAUAUUCUGUCAUGCACCCAGGCACACAUGUUUGGCCUCAUACAGGGCCUACUAACUGCAGGCUGAGGAUGCAUCUGGGCCUGGUGAUACCAAAAGAAGGCUGCAAGAUCCGUUGUGCCCAAGAGACUAAGUUUUGGGAAGAAGGGAAAGUGCUCAUUUUUGAUGACUCCUUUGAACAUGAAGUGUGGCAGGAUGCAUCUUCCCUGCGUCUGAUCUUCAUUGUGGAUGUAUGGCACCCAGAGCUGACCCCUCAGCAGAGGCGAAGUCUUCCUGCAAUUUAGCACAUAUUCUAGUCUGGGAACACAGAGGAGGGAGGCUGUUAAUGUCUAUUUUAUCUGCCUGAUGUGUAGACGUAACCUUAAAACACUGAAGCUCCCGAUGCUUCUGUGUGAGUUGCAGCCUGCAAAGUAACAGCCUGCUCAGGUUUAGAAGACACUGAAGGACUGGUUUGUCUACUCCAGUUCAUUUAGAAAUUGUCCUUCUCUGUUCCAUGCUGCUCUGAUGGUUACAUUUAAAGUGAAUACAUGAGACCUUCUAUCUUACCAGCCAAAGAUUUUGCCCUUAGAAUAGGUUUGUCAGUGUGCAUUGAUCAGAAAUGUAGAUAAUGUGAAUGGAUGAUUAUCGUUUUGUAAUUUUUAAAUGUAAUUGUAUUUUUAUAUUAAGCUAGCCAUAGAGCAUUUAUUUUUAUGAACCACCACAUGCUUUCCUUCCUUCCUUCCUUCCUUCCUUCCUUCCUUCCUUCCUUCCUUCCUUCCUUCCUUCCUUCCUUCCUUCCUUCCUUCCUUCCUUCCUUCCUUCCUUCCUUCCUUCCUUCCUUCCUUCCUUCCUUCCUUCCUUCCUUCCUUCCUUCUUUCUUUCUUUCUUUCUUUCUUUCUUUCUUUCUUUCUUUCUUUCUUUCUUUCUUUCUUUCUUUCUUUCUUGCUGUAUAAUGGCUUCACUUCUAGCUGUUUAGUAUUGUUGUCUUUGGGUACUCUUUAUCAAGAUGAGCUUUCUCCUGGGUUUGUAAUUCUUUUUAGUAUAAAGCAACUGAUAUGAGAGAGAAUAUUGCUUUCCUACUGUGAUAGAGAAGAAAAGAUAGAAAGCAGGAGCUGUCUAAAAAAAAAACAAAACAAAAAAUGAAAAUAACCUCCCUUUUUAUUUUUUUCUUUACCUGGAGGCCUGGUAUUUGACUUGCACCCUUUUUGUUUUGAUAGUAGAGACAAACUGAGCAGGUUGUCUUAAGAAUAGUUUUGUUGUUGGAAAAGCAUAUGUAAAUAAAACUCUCAUAUAUGCCAAGGAUUAGGUUUUUUAUUUUUUUUU